CAUUGCUCAUUCUCUAAGUCUUUUUGGUCAAGAGUUACCACAUUAAUAUCUUUCUGUUGUAACAAAAUGAUAGAAAUGACAGAACCUUUAAUUUUUUUGGUCUGACUUUCAUUCUAAAGACAGUAAUCUUGUCCAUACUGUAUUAUUGCUUUGUCUUCUGGAUGUCAGAAAACAGUUGUGUGACAGCUAUCCGGCUUGAUUCCCUCAAGCAAGCUGACAAACCACAGAUCCACUUGUUACCUUGUGAAAUCGAGCAUGAUGGACCUGCUGGAGUCUUCAAGUUCUUUAAUCCCACUGUAAAGGAACGCAAACACGAAACGUCAGUGUCAUUCAGAGGUCGGGGGCUGAAGGGUCAGGAAUUGCAUUGCCCAAAAGGAUACACAGGAGUAGUGCUAAAAGAGGUCCAGAAGCCUGCAUCUGAUCAAGAGGACAGAGUAGUUAAAGUUUCUUCAGUGUUCCAUCAUUUCACAUACUGGAAUUUGGAGACGCCUCCCACAUCUGAUGAUGGAGUUGUGAUGGCGAUGACAUGGCCUCAGAUAGCAGAGGCAAUGCAUGGACCAGUGGAUGACUGAGAAUGGACAUUGUUUUAUUGUGGAGAUCUGCUUCUCAAGUACAUUGUUACAGUUAAACAAAUGUGAAAAUAACUCUUUGUCGGAAGACAGAAUAAGUAACUUAAAGUGUUGUGGUAACAACCACCAUUUUUAUCAAACACAUGUUCAAGAAUCACAAUGCAAUAUGACUAACUAUUAAAAGUCUUGUUUUAUUGUU